UGGGAAUUUAUCAUAAAAUACUGCAAAGUGAACCCAAAAAGUAUUUCAUGUUAUUGGAAACAUCUAAAUGCGUUCAUUCUGCAAAGGUCCAAUGUCAACAUUUUAUUCGGUUUUAAAGAAAACUUAAGAAUAAAAGGUUUUAAUGUCCAGAAAAAUACUCUAAACACUAAUUGCUGCACAUUUAAAAUAAGACGCACAAACUGAGUUCAACAUAACUUAAAAAAGAACAACUCCGUUUGCAAUAAAGCAGAAUUUAUGAUGUAUUUGGAUCAAGUGAUAUGUAAGUUUUCCUCUACAAGAAACAUCUUUUGUCUGUGUUUCGCUCACAGAGCCCCAAAAGUAUUUGGCGUCCUAAGAAUGCAGUCUUUAUUGCCCCAGCGCACAGAGCAGUGGGCUGUUGUUUUGUCAGUGCACGCUCAUGUCAGUGAUGGACUACAGCCGGAGCGGCGCUAACCUUAGCUGGCAUUCAUGAAACAGUUUUCCUCUUCACCAAGACCAGCUCCACAGAAUGCUGAGUCCUAUUGUCCCUUAUAGCCUGUUAAAGAUGCACUGGAACCCAGAGCAUGCCCAGCCCCUCAGCCAGUGGCCUGAGCAGCACCUGGACGUCUCCUCCACCACCUCCUCCCCUGCCCACAAGUCAGAGUUAUUUUCCGGACGCGGACGUGGCUCUUACAACUACGCCUGGGCCAAUGAUGACAUCUCGGCCCUCACGGCCUCAAACCUUCUGAAGCGCUACGCUGAAAAGUACUCUGGCGUGUUGGACUCACCGUAUGACAGGCCUCCUACCGUGGGUGCCUAUCCAGAGCCAGGGGGCUUCGGAGGCCUUAACAGCCAGAAGACAGAGCUGGAACCAUGGCCUCUCACGCACAACACUGAUACCUCCUAUCCUUUGGUUCCUCCUGGAAGCCACGAAGGCCUUCCAAGCUCUAAGACUGUAGCCACAUCUGCUGUCCCUCCUGGGGUCAACAGCGUGUCAGCAGUGAACAGCAAUCUGUCAGACUCGGCCUACAGCGGCAGCAGCUCCUGCAGUGGUUCCACUGAGUACCCCUCUAGCUACAACGGCACCUAUCUUUCCUCAGGGUUCUGUCCGCAGCCCAGUACAGCACUUCCCCCUGCCUCUCUCCACUCUCUCCAGUCUACCGCCACUCUGGUGCCCAGCUACAGCCCUAACACACAGGUCUAUAACUACCCACCCAGUCCAUAUCCUCCCCAGACUAGUCUUGCUCCAAGCUACAGCCACUCCUCAACAACUUUCCUGCCCUCAGGCCUACCUGCCCCAACCCCCGUUUCAUCAAGACCUACAGCGGUAGGAGGCCCCUACAGUUACCAGACCUCCAAUCUUGUGGCAGCGGAGUCUAUAGGGACUUUAAAAAGAAAGGCAUUUGAGAUGAGUAUAGAGGAGGAUGACGGCGGGGACAGGUCUCGUUACAGGAAAUACAGCUAUGACCCACUGAAGUCUGGAGGAACCUCUCCAUACAGUGUUAAUGAAAAAACAGAGUGUCGUGGAAAUGGAUUCAACAGUUCAGGUAGCACAGACCCUCAAACAUUCAAGCCUAGUAAACCCUCCUCUCAGCCCCUGGUUUCCCCUCAGUUUGGGGCAGGAGGGGAGUACAGCCCUCCUGCAGGUAUAACAGGAGAAAACGGGGUGACGGAGCAGGACUUCACCCAACAGCAGCACCACUCUCAGGCACUCAAACGCCCUCCAGUACGUACACCAACAGUUGAGACUGUGAAGAGUCCAGACCCCCGUCUGCUGGAGCUUAUCAACGGAGAGUUACUAGACCGCAGUCCUGCUCUGCUCUGGAGUGAAGUAGUUGGGCUCACCCAUGUCAAGGCUGCCUUAGAGGAAGACCUAAUUUGGCCAGUUUUGAGGCCCAGUCCAGUGGUGAGGCCACCAAGAACCGUCCUACUGUUUGGCCCCAGGGGAGGGGGUAAGAUGACACUGACUCGGUCGUUGGCCUCACAGCUUGGGGCUUCCUUCUACCAUGUCAGUGGAGCUAUAUUGGCCUCCAAAGGGAAGCUUGAGACGGAACACAUUCUGGGUUCUCUGCUGCAGGUGGCAGAGGUGCGGCAACCCUCGGUUGUGCUGCUUAGUCAGGUGGAGGCCAUGGAGGAGGACGGACUAAGGCAGAUACUGCUGAACACUCUGGAGAAAGCCCAGUUGGGGACCACAGGUCUGGUCAUAAUUAUAUGUACUACUGGAAGGCCAGAUCUUCUGCAAGAUGCAUUACACCAGAGCUUCGCCAAGAGGUACUUUGUUGGCUUGCCAGAUGUGGGAAUCCGCCAACAGGUGCUGCUGCAGGCACUGACACCACAAGGUUGCAGCCUGAACGACAGGGAGCUGAACGCUGUGCUUCAGCGGGCAGAGGGCUUCUCAGUCUGGGAGCUGCUGCAGCUCAGCCAGCAGGCACUCUCCUCUGCAUCCUCUCCAACUGGAGCCUUGCACGGCCUCGCCACGUCCCCCAAACCCCCAGACUUUACAGAUUUUGAGAAUGCCUUCUGCAAGGUGCGUCCACACACCACCACAAAGGAACUGGAUAAUUGCAUUGAGUGGAGCAAGAUGUAUAGCCACUGAGAAGGCAGCCAAGUGUUGUACUCGGACUGCGCUAUGACCCUGUUUUAGCUUUGGCAUAAAAACCCACGGGAAUGUGCUGUUGUUGAUUUUUAAUUACAUAUUAUGCAGCCAAAAGAGCAACAACAGAAGAGCGCUGACGAGGUUUUUCGACUGGCAGAAGCAUGCCACGUUGUACGGUUUUGUUUUUCUCAGAACUCCCACAUUUUUUUUAUUCCCAAAGAAAGGAAAGGUGAAUGGGUUUGACGGGUGGAGUAGUGUGUUAGUCAUAUGACCAAUGGGAAAAUCAGAAACCUAUUUAAAUACUCUCCUGAUUAGCCUUGGUCCAGGACAAAAUCAGUUAUUUGUUGCUAGUUGGUCCAAGAUUAUGGAUAAUCAGGGUUUGGAAAAUCCCCCCUUUGGCUGCUACUCUCAGGAUCCUAUUUAUUACCAGUCCAGUUCCGUGUUGCCCUAACGUUGGUGUGGCCACUGGAUUGUCACUAAUCACUAAGUGGAAAGGGCUUGGCAUCAGCAACUUCAGCCAUUUUUUGACCAAAAACGUACCAAACCAAAUACAGAAAGCACUGUUAAAUUUCUCCAGAUGGACUGGUUCUAUAGAAAUCACAGCAUGAUGAUGUUUAUGAUUCACCUUCUUACCAAACUGAUACAACAGCUGCUCGUUACAUUUAAACCUGCAACAAAUUGAAAUUUUUUUUGUUUUUUUAUGCUCAUCAUGUUUGGUUGCAGAACGACACGUUAACCCUCAUUUAACGGAUUAGUGACAGGUGUUAUCGCUUAAGAUUUAACUGAUCCACUUAAAUUCACAUUCCACAUAAACUACAGUUUUCCCUAGAAUCCUACUUAUAAAUAAAACAUGCGUUCCCACCGUUUCCCACGUUGUUUGUUUUAUCUCAGUUAUCCAGUUUAAUUUUUUUCAUAUUGUGUUAUAUUGUUUGAAAUGCUCAGGAAGAUUUUUUUUUACCUCAGAAAUAAAAAAAUAAAGAAUGUAUGUAAUCUUAGGGUCUUAGAAGCGAGCGAACUAAAGCAGCAUAGAAAACCUGACAGUCUUGUGAAACCCACUGCAGCCGGGCUUGUACCUCGCAGGAGAAACUUGAAAAUGCUACAAAGAGUAACAUUGAAUGUAAUUCAGGUAUUUCAGAGGAUAUUUGAUGCCAUAAGUCCAUGUAUUAUUAUAUAUGAAUAUAUAAAUGUUUUUUUUUUUUCAGUUCUUUUAUCCUUUAUUUUUGUCGUAGUUUAUGGUGAAGUGAUGAUUGUCUUCAAGAGAUGCAACGUAGAAAACGGAAAAUAAUUCUUUUUUUGUUGGACAAACUGCCUAUGUUAUGUAUAUUUUUGUGUUUACAUAUCAUGCAUGUACAUGUCUGCUUGUAUGUGCAGAAGAUCAUUUAAAAAUGAAAAUGCAAAACCAAAAAAAGAAGCUGAGCACAACAUCGGAUCCAAAUGAGUUUGUUACAUUUGGCUUUGAUUAGAAAGUUUAAAUCAAUAAUUAAUGAGCCAACGUGUUGACAAUUCAGGAAUAUUUCUCCUUUUGUAUCAUUCUCUCUGUUCUAUUUGAAGAACCUGGAAAAGAUGAGUUACUGAUGAGCAUACGGUGUGGUUGACAUGGAUCUGAGGAGGUCCUGCACAGAGUGAUGUCAUUUCCCCCUCCCUCUCUCCCUUCCUCUCACCCUCAUCCCCAAAUGCAAUCUCAUUAGUCUGGAUUGCCCUGUGGCCACAAGCCCCAGCAACCAUGUGGCGUUGUGUCCCCCACCCCACCUCUACCCCUAAGACUUCUCUUAUACCGAUUUCUCCGGAGUGGAAGUGGGCUGAUUGAUGUCCAGCAAUCCUAUAUUAGAGUGCAGCCUUCCCUCGCCAGCUGGUGGCUUCAGUCAUGCCACACAGCCGGAUCAAUCAGAGAAACCCUUCCCGUGCAUACUGAUCACCGGCUCUAGACCCAGCACACAAAACCACCGCAAGCAUUAAGCAUCAACACAGAUUGUUGGUUUGUUUAAUUAUUUCUAUACCUGGAAACCUCUCUACUGACAGUUUGUCCAACAAAAGAAGCUUUUAUUUUGAUAUGCUACCGCUGUAGCGUUCUUAUUGGUUAUUGUAUAUUUUCUGUAACCAUUUCUACCUCGUUUUUGCAGCGUAUUGUACAUGAAAGUAUUUAUUUCAUGUCGUUUUGGAUGUCUGUUUUAAAAAUGCUAAUGUUCUUGAACUGUAAUAGUCUACCUCAGAAAAGACUGUAUUUUAAGAGAAGAGUAUCACACAAUAUUAAACAGAAUUUGUCAAUAUUGCAUAACGACUGUUUUUGUUUUUGUUGUUGCUUGCUGUGGUUUGAAGCCACCUAAUCUGUUUUUACCUCAUCUUAAUGUUGGCGUUAACACAGUCAGCAGGUGAAAGCAGUCAUGAUUUGGAAAUUCAGGUGUGCUGCCAUUAAAGAGUAUUUCUGCCUUUA